AUGAAGCUUACCAAACUAGUUGGACUCAUUUCUGCAUCAUUUGCAGUACAUUCCAAGUUCGCACUUGCGAAAUGGCCCGAUCAAUCUUUGUACCGGUUAUCCAAUUCUGUGGCUAAAUCACAAAAUGUUGCAGUCGUUAACACAACUUCAGAGUGUCAAGACCAGACCGUGUCUAUGAUGACUUCUGCAUUAUCGUACCAGGUUGACAUCGAUGUCAUUGAAAGGUAUCUUCUGGAGGGUGUUUCGGUGUUGAAGACUUUGCUCAAUGGUAAGACACAAUUUAAUGCUUUGGACCUGAUGGACAUCGCCACAGUGCAAUUGCAUUGGUUCCCACCUACGAACCUCGACCUUUCUAAAGUUUCUCUCGCUGCGCAGUUUGCGCAGGUGAAAACCAUCUACUAUUCAUCUCCUCUAUUGCGUCAUGGACACCAAUGGAUUGGAAAUAUCGCCAAGACGUCGUUCCAGAGUUCUCAAUGGCGUACACUUUCACAAAGUGCGAUCCAAGCUUGGGCGAAUCUCGAAUCGACUACGCCUGCGGUGCACAGUCUUUUCCUCGAAGUCAAUCGAAUAGUUCAUGCUCCAGAGACACUAAAAAUGUUCGUGAAAUUAAAGAAUGAAUGGACCAAAUCCACACCCAACUGUCAAAAACCUAUUCAUGCAACUGUUUCAUUAAAGAAUGGUAAAAAAAGUGCAGCCAAGGCGAUGGCUGCUGCGGCCAGAAUCCCUUCUCGUAUUGUUGACCUCGGCUCCCCCAAACCAGGUAACAUUCCAGUCUUUUACCAACAGCGGUCUACCAUCCUCAACUCAACGGAUGUAAACCACACGAAUUUAACGGCGCCAGUCGUGAUCAAGGAUGAUGAGUCUGCAGCUGUUACGUCAUAUAGAUUUCAUUCUUGGUCCAUCAUGGGUGCAGCUGUGCUAGUUAUCAGUGGAGCAAUCCUCUUUUAG